AUGAAGAUUGCUAUCACUGGAUGCAACGGACUCGUAGGGAAACGUGUCGUACUUUGGGUGCUGAAGGAAGGGCACACCGUAGUCGGCGCAGACCAUGUCGUUGUACAAGGUAUCGACUUCUACAACAAUCCUGCCUUCUCUUUCCAUCAAGUGGACCUGAGGGACUUUGAUACGACUUUGAAACUUUUCGAGGGUUGUGAUGCAGUCAUCCAAUUGGCAGCUUUUGCACAGCCAAUGGACUACAAGGCUAAGGUGCACAACGACAACGUCGUUAUCUCUUGGAAUGUUAUGCGUGCAGCUGCUGAGCUAGGCAUAGACCGUGUCGCACUGGCGUCCUCGGUCAACGUCUUGCGUGGGUUUUUUAGCACAGAGCCCAUCUUUCACUACUUUCCGAUCGACGAGGUUCACCCAUGCGAACCUGACGAACCUUAUGGGCUUUCCAAAUUAAUUGCUGAGAUGCAAGCAGAUACCAUCGUCCGAAGAUACCCAUCCAUGCGAGUUGCAAGCAUUCGCAUCCACUGCUUUGUUUCUACACGAAUGGCACGUGCCCCGGAUAGAAAGGAUUACUUCCGCGUCAGAGGUGAUCUCUGGGGCUACGUCCAGAUGGACUCGGCUGCGGACGCCUUCCUGCGUGCAGUGACUGUGGAGAAGGGUCGGUGGACAGGGCACGAGAGCUUUUUCAUUGCUGCACCUCGGCUAGCUGUUGAUGAGGACUGGCUGGAACUAAAGGAGAAGUACUUCCCAGACGUGCCAAUGAAACCUGGCUGGGUCGAGAGCGGCACGAAAGGAUUCUACGACUGUAGUAAAGCUGAGCGCCUUCUUGGAUGGGUCCACACGGAUUAUACAUAA